AUGGCCCAGGCGGGGGGACCCGUCCACUUCCACCCUGAGGAGGGCUGUGCUGCUUCACCCCCACUGUUCGCCCGUGGGGUGGACCGGAGGCCCUGGCUGGCGGGAGGGAGCCCCGAGGCUGGGAGACGCAGUCCCCCGCGCUGCCUCACCCCCAACCUCAACGCCGGCCGCCUGCACCUCCUACGCAAGGGUCUGGCCCCUGACGCCCGCCGCUACCCCCUUGGCCUCUACAACAGCACCGGCUCCUUGGCCCGCAAGCCGGCUGAGGCGGCUACCUUUGGCAAUGGGAGCUGCCCGGGCGCGGGGCGGCUGACGGCCCCCUGCACCCCACGGCGGGGCCGGCCCAGCCCAGUGCUCUCCUCCCCGGGCAGCCGGAGCCCACUGGUAGCAGCGGCCCCGGAGGGACACAGCUCCGUUGUCACCUUCCGCUUCAUCGAGAAGGCCAGCGUGCAGACCCUGGGCGGCCUGCCACUCCCCCAGCCCCGCUGGGACAACGGCCCCCACAGCCUCAGCCGCAGCCUGGAGCUUGGCGGGGACACGGAGUCCCCCCAGCCCCAGCCCUUGCCCCAGCAGCGGCUCCUGCACACGCUGAAGCUGGAGGCCUCUGCGUCCGACCCGCUCCUGGCCGGGAGCAGGACCUUGGGGGCAACGUGUCCCUGUGGGAAGGAGCCCUGCGCCCUCGACGCUGACUGCCCCUGCCGCUCCCUCACCAACGGGCUGCCAGAGGACUUCCCUGCCUUCUCCAGGAGCCCCACGAAGCCGGAGCCCCGACCCCAGGGCAGCGCGUGGCCGUACCCCCGGCAGAGCUCGGCCCAUGCCCAGCGCAUUGCCAGGGCCAAGUGGGAAUUCUUCUAUGGCUCCUUGGACACUCCGAAGACAGGCUCCUCUGCCCCCGACUCCGCUCCCCUGGCUGAGCCCCCCCAGAAGCCCGUCUGCCUGCUGCCCACCGAGCCGCUGGGGUCGGGGCCCGAACACAGCCUGAGCCACGUGGAGGUGGAGAUAGAGAUGUCUCCUCCGGGCGGCCAGAAGCCCGGCUCCUGCGAAACUGGGAUUAUAAGGAGGACAGUGAAGUACUCUGAGACAGACCUGGACACCGUGCCGCUGAGGUGCUAUCGUGAAACCAACAUCGACGAUAUCCUGGCCGAGAAGGAGGAGGUGGAUUCGGCGAUUGAGAGCCAGAAGGACAGUGAGAGCAACCCAAGCUUCGAGGGCACCCCAGGCAGGAGGAACAGCACGCCAGAGGAGCCCCCUGCCCCGGGCACCGGCUGCCCGAAGGAUGGGCUGCGGGACAGGGAUGCAGAUGAGGACGAUGAGGUGUUUGAGGCAACGAGGAAGGAGAACAGGGAAAGGAUCAUGGACCGAGACACACAGGGUAUGCUCAAGUCUCCAGUGCCCUUCCUCCUAGGGCACAGCCUCUCCAAGGAUGGUAUGGACUCUUUCAGCAAGCAUUUUGAGAGCAUCAUGGAGUCCCAUCGAGCCAAAGGCACAUCUUACACCAGCCUCGACUCCAUUGACAUCCUCUCCUCCCCAGCCCGCACCCAUGGAACCUUUUUCACUUUUGACCUCCCAACCCUCACCCCAGAAAUACAGGGACAGAUCCGAGACAGCGCCAAGCUGAUCGAGGAGAACUUUGCUCCUCUGGCUCACUUGGAGCCAGACUCUGGGACCAGUUCGGCCACAGAUGCCCCCUGGACAGAGAGGGAGGAGGAGCGGGGGAGGCGAAGGAAGGGUGCUUGGCACAGCCCUUGCCGCUCAGAGGACAGCUUUGGUACUCCCUUGGCCUCCAACAUGAGUGACCACCCCCUGAGCCAGCUGGUUUCAGACUCAGACUCGGAGAUGGACAGCGUGGAGCAGCUGGCCCUGGGCAGCACGGACACCCUCUCCAACGGGCACAAGGCUGAUCUGGAGGCUGCUAAACGCCUGGCCAAGAGGCUGUACAACCUGGAUGGCUUUAAAAAAGCAGAUGUGGCCCGUCACUUGGGGAAGAACAACGAGUUCAGCAAGAUGGUGGCAGGGGAAUAUCUGAAGUUCUUCGUGUUCACGGGGAUGAGCCUGGACCAGGCUCUCAGGUCCUUUCUAAAGGAGCUGGCCUUGAUGGGAGAGACGCAAGAGCGAGAACGAGUGCUGGCUCACUUUUCCCAGCGGUAUUACGAGUGUAAUCCCAAUGCCAUCUCUUCGGAGGAUGGAGCCCACACCCUCACCUGCGCCCUGAUGCUGCUAAACACAGAUCUGCAUGGACACAACAUCGGGAAGAGAAUGUCCUGCUCUGACUUCAUUGGCAACUUGGAGGGGCUCAAUGGAGGCACUGACUUCCCCAAGGAGCUGCUCAAGACAUUGUACGGCUCCAUCAAGAACGAGAAGCUGCAGUGGGCCAUAGAUGAGGAGGAGCUGAGAAAGUCCCUCUCAGAGCUGGCAGACCCCAACCCUAAGUCCAUCAAGCGCAUCAGUAGCUGCAGUAACCCCUUUCUGGACUUCUCCCAAGACUCCAGCAUUGCCACCUACAAACAUGGACUGUUAGUGCGCAAGAUCCACGCUGAUCCUGACUGCAAGAAAACACCCCGAGGGAAGCGCGGCUGGAAGCCCUUCCACGCCAUCCUGAAGGGGAUGAUUCUCUACCUGCAGAAGGAGGAGUAUAAGCCAGGGAAGGCGCUGGCGGAAGAGGAGCUGAAGAACGCGAUUAGCAUCCACCAUUCGCUUGCCACGCGGGCGUCUGACUACAGCAAGCGACCCAACGUCUUCUACCUCAGGACAGCUGACUGGAGGGUCUUCCUCUUCCAAGCACAGAACCCUGAACAGAUGCACUCGUGGAUCACGCGCAUCAAUGUGGUGGCAGCCAUGUUCUCCGCACCCCCCUUCCCUGCAGCCAUCGGCUCCCAGAAGAAGUUCAGCCGCCCACUGCUGCCCAGCUCCUGCACCAGGCUGUCCCAGGAGGAGCAGGUGAAAAGCCAUGAGACAAAGUUCAAGACGAUGUCAGCGGAGCUGCUGGAGCAUCGCUCCUCGCUGCCUGAGAAGAAAGUGAAGGGCAAGGAGUACGAGGAGCUGAAGCAGAAGGAAGAGUACCUAGAGUUUGAGAAAUCCCGCUAUGGCACCUACGCCAUGCUGCUGCGGGCCAAGCUGAAGGCUGGCUCUGAGGACCUGGCAGCGUUCGAGUCCACCCUCUUUGACGCAGCGGGCGGGGAGGACGAUGGCCUGAAAAAAUCCCGCUCCAGUCCCUCGCUCAAUGCAGAGCCCUCUGGCACAGCUACCAAGGUGAAGCGCAACGUCUCGGAGCGCACCAGCCGCCAGCCCCCUGGCCACCCCCAGAAGUCAUAAGCGAGGGGCAUCAGCCGCCUGUGCUGCAGCGCUGUUCCUGCCCCCCCGGCGCCAGGAUGGAGGCCAUGUGCCUGCCAAGACCCUGCAUGAGUCCGUCCAUCUGUGGCACGAGCUUGGGGGUGACAGCCCUUCCCUGGCCACCAGCACCAGCCAGGCAGGGCCAUGGCCCAUCCGCCAGGGACGGUGGCAGAGCAGGACAGUCCCCGGUCCUUGCCCGCAGGAGCUGCCUGUACUGUCGGCCCCAUCAGACUCAUUCCUGCCCCUCCUUGUCCUCCGUUUGGCUGCAGGACCCA